AUGCUUGUCGUUUUGAAGGAUAGAGCACUUCAAGAUACAAAAUUGGCCCUGGAAGCUGCCAACAACACGAUUGCAAAUCUUCGCAUUUCGAUUCGUUUUGUGAGAGCUCAACUUGCUGGCCCUCUUUCUCGUCUUCCUGCGGCGUAUGUUGGCGUUCAGCCUCGAAGCCUUGGAUCGAUCCAGGAUGGCCUCCACGUUUUCUGGAAUAGCGACUUGGACCUUUCUGCUGAUGGGAUCGCUACUCUUCACGACUUUGAUGGGUUCCAUGUCGCUCUCCCCUUCAUACUUUCGGACCUUCCCAACUGCAAAGUCUCCUUGUUUUGCUCUGGCGACGACGUGAUUAGCAUUGACUUGUUCGGGGCAGAACCUACCAAGAGACCCUUUUUCGUCACAGGUGUGCGUCAUCUUCACAAUCUUCACCCCGGUGAAGCAGACGUGUGCUUUGCGCUGAAGGUUCGCACUCCUUGGGAGAACCAAUCAAUUCUUCACCUUCAUGGAUCAUUUCGUCUGCCCAACAACCACCCUGUCAUUGGCAAUGAUCCGUUCCAAACUCAGUCCAAUAUCACCGGUUUCUCGGUCCAAGAGGUCACACCGCGAAUUCCGUCAGGCCUGGUGUGGGAUCGGUAG